AUGGAAGAAGGUCUUCUGGAUCCCUCCACUGAACCCACAAAUCCUCUUCAAAAUGCCUCUCUGAGAAUCCCUCAUGCCUCGUUCAACCACAAUGGAGAAUUUGUUUGCAGUUAUGAAGAAAAGAGAAGCAACCGAUGGUUCAUGUCUUCUUUGAGCCAGGCAGUAAACAUCACAGUUGAACCAGAUCCUCUGCCUCCCCCAGUGCUGAAGCUGCACCUUUCCUCUGAAUCCCCAGGGAAAGGAAAAGUCCUGUCCAUCCUGUGUGUGUCCAGCGAGAGCAACAACUCCAAAAGGUUCCAUUUCUCCAAGGAUGGUGUGGAGAUGACCUGUAGCCAUGAAGAGCCUGUGAAGAGCAGCAGAAACUCCGGGCUCCUCACCCUAAAUAUGUUGGUAGCUUUCCUAUAUGCCAAAGAUAACGAAAGUCUGCGAUUUGCUUGCAGAUAUGAGGAGAACAUCAAUGGGCGCUGGGUCAUCUCUCCUUGGAGUGAGACUAUCACAGGUUCACAGAAAUAUUCAUCUCUACCAGCUCCCAGGCUGUCCUCGUCUAUUCAACACGACUUUAUUAUUAAAGGAGAAGAGAUUUCCUUGAAUUGCUCCCUCCCCAAGGGAGUCGAAUCAGGGAGUCCAGAGGGACUUACUAGAAUCAAGUUCUUUUUCUACUGUAGGGAUCAAUCCUACUUACCUAUUGGAGAUCAAUUUCUCACUAACAAUACCUUCAACUUCAGGACUGGACAUCUGAACUCUAGCCAAAUAAAGAUAACAUGCACCUGCGAGAUCAGGGAAACAUCUGAAGGAUGGACUUUUUCUCCUGAAAGUAACCAACUGGUCUUCUCAGUGAUUGAUGGCCUCCGUUCCCCAGUGCUGAAAGUGGAACCGUUGUCCCAGAGGGUGAAGGAAGGUGACCCCUUGCUCUUCCUCUGCUCAACGGAAGGAGACAAUGCAGAGAAGAAGAUCCAUUUCUACAAGGAUGGGGUGGAGAUCACCUCCAGGGAAGAAGGUCUUCUGGAUCCCUCCACUGAACCCACAAAUCCUCUUCAAAAUGCCUCUCUGAGAAUCCCUCAUGCCUCCUUCAACCACAAUGGAGAAUUUGCUUGCAGUUAUGAAGAAAAGAGAAGCAACCGAUGGGUCAAGUCUUCUUUGAGCCAGGCAGUAAACAUCACAGUUGAACCAGUUUUGACCCAAGAUUCAGAUCCUAUAUGGAGAUAUUCCUGGAUGGCGAUUCCACUUAUAGUCCUGAUAAUCCUGCUGGUUCCACUUGCCUUUUAUUGCUGGAAGAAGAAGAGCAGUAAGUGA